AUGGCUCCCAAAAAGCCAGAUCCCAAGAAGGAUGAGGCCAAGGCAGGUGCUAAAGCAGCUGCAGCUCCAGCUCCCGCACCUGCACCUGCACCUGAGCCCUCCAAGGAAGCUGAGUUUGAUCCCUCCAAAGUCAAGAUCGAGUUCACUCCAGAGCAGAUUGAAGAGUUCAAGGAAGCCUUCAUGCUGUUCGAUCGCACGCCCAAGUGCGAGAUGAAGAUCACGUACGGGCAGUGUGGGGACGUGCUGCGGGCGCUGGGCCAGAAUCCGACACAGGCUGAGGUGCUCCGUGUCCUGGGGAAGCCAAAGCAGGAAGAGCUCAACUCCAAGAUGAUGGACUUUGACACGUUCCUGCCCAUGCUCCAGCACAUCUCCAAGAACAAGGACACUGGCACCUAUGAGGACUUCGUGGAGGGGCUGCGGGUCUUCGACAAGGAGGGCAAUGGCACGGUCAUGGGCGCUGAGCUCCGCCACGUGCUGGCCACGCUGGGUGAGAGGCUGACGGAAGACGAGGUGGAGAAGCUGAUGGCGGGGCAGGAAGACUCCAAUGGCUGCAUCAACUAUGAAGCGUUUGUCAAGCACAUCAUGGCCAGCUGA